GCCUCUGUGCUGUGUCGGGCGGGCGGGGGAGGAAUGCGCUCAGCCCGGCCCAGCCCGGCAUGUAUAUAAGGGGCAGCGGGAGGAAGCGGCUGCAGACAGUCAGCGCCGGAGCCAGUCAGGAGUAGUCAGAAUGCGGGAGAUCGUCCACAUCCAGGCCGGACAAUGCGGCAACCAGAUCGGCAGCAAGUUCUGGGAGGUGAUUAGUGACGAGCAUGGCAUUGACCCUGUGGGAAACUACAUUGGAGACUCGUACCUACAGCUGCAGAGGAUCAAUGUGUACUACAACGAGGCGAUGUCCCAGAGGUACGUGCCCAGAGCCAUCCUACUGGACCUGGAGCCCGGGACAAUGGACAGUGUUCGUUCGGGGAACCUGGGACAACUCUUCAAACCGGAUAACUUCAUAUUUGGACAAACAGGUGCGGGGAACAACUGGGCCAAGGGACACUACACGGAAGGGGCUGAGCUUGUGGACUCGGUGAUGGACGUGGUGAGGAAGGAAUGUGAGAACUGUGACUGUCUACAGGGGUUUCAGCUCACCCACUCCCUGGGAGGAGGCACGGGGUCGGGAAUGGGGACUCUGCUGAUAAGCAAGAUACGCGAGGAGUACCCGGACAGGAUCAUGAACACCUUCAGCGUCAUGCCAUCCCCUAAAGUGUCGGAUACGGUGGUGGAGCCAUACAACGCCACCUUGUCCGUCAACCAGCUGGUGGAGAACACGGACGAGACCUACUGCAUCGACAACGAGGCCCUCUACGACAUUUGCUUCCGCACCCUGAAGCUGACCACACCCACCUACGGGGAUUUGAACCACCUCGUCUCGUGCACCAUGAGUGGCGUGACCACUUCCUUGAGGUUCCCCGGGCAGCUCAAUGCAGACCUGAGGAAGCUGGCGGUCAACAUGGUGCCCUUCCCGAGACUGCACUUCUUCAUGCCUGGCUUCGCCCCGCUCACGGCCCGGGGCAGUCAACAGUACCGCACCCUUUCCGUCUCUGAGCUCACCCAGCAGAUGUUCGACGCCAAGAACAUGAUGGCCGCCUGUGACCCUCGCCAUGGCCGCUACCUGACCGUGGCCACCAUCUUCCGCGGGGCCAUGUCCAUGAAGGAGAUCGACGAGCAGAUGCUGGCCAUCCAGAACAAGAACAGCAGCUACUUCGUGGAGUGGAUCCCCAACAACGUGAAGGUGGCCGUCUGCGACAUCCCGCCCCGCGGACUCAAAAUGUCCUCCACCUUCAUCGGCAACAGCACCGCCAUCCAGGAACUGUUCAAGCGGAUAUCGGAGCAGUUCGCAGCCAUGUUCCGCAGGAAGGCCUUCCUGCACUGGUUCACCGGGGAAGGGAUGGAUGAAAUGGAAUUCACCGAGGCGGAGAGCAACAUGAAUGACCUGGUAUCCGAGUACCAGCAGUACCAAGACGCUACAACGGACGAGAACGAAUACUUUGAGGAGAACGAGGAGGAACAAGACGAGACUCAAUUAAGCAACUGAAGAGUCUCUACCCAAAACGUCACCUAUCCAUUCUCUCCAGAGAUGCUGCCUGACCCACUGAAUUAUCUUUGAUGAACACUUGACUCUAUCUGCCAUUGUCAAUGUCCACGAGUGUUCUCUGGACUAUGAGAAACUAAUCCCAUUGUGUUGUUUAUCCUCCAUCAUCUGCUGGAAGUGCCUUUGCUGUAAUUCCUAAGUGCAUGAAAGUGAAAAGUCCAAUCAUCGAAAUAAUUUACAGUUCAAUAAAACUGGCACAAAAAGGACAAAGUGCUGGAGUAACUCAGCUGAUCAGUCAGAGGACAUGCAUAUCCCUGUUCUCCAGAGAUGCUACAUCACCCACUGCGUUACCCCAGCACUUUGUGUCGUUUUGUGUAUUAACCAGCAUCUGCAGUUCUGUUUCUACAUUCAAUAAAAUGUAAUUGGCUUUAUUAUCUA